UCCCGAUUGGCCCGCUGAUACCACGUGACCGACGUACGCACGCGCGCUUGCAUAAUACCACCGUUUGGCGCGCUCACGCUGAUAAACCGUAUUAUUCAGGUUUUGUCGUUUGGUUUGACGUUGUUCACGAAAUUUUUACAGUAAAUAAUGGCAGGCGGUAAGGCUGGCAAAGACAGCGGCAAAGCUAAAGCCAAGGCGGUAUCUCGGUCAGCUCGGGCCGGAUUGCAGUUUCCAGUGGGCAGAAUUCACAGGCAUCUGAAAAAUCGCACCACCAGCCACGGUAGAGUAGGUGCCACGGCAGCCGUUUAUUCAGCAGCUAUUUUGGAGUAUUUAACCGCCGAAGUAUUGGAAUUGGCAGGCAAUGCCAGUAAAGACUUGAAAGUGAAGAGAAUUACGCCGCGUCACUUGCAAUUAGCCAUUCGAGGAGAUGAAGAAUUGGACAGUCUGAUCAAGGCGACCAUCGCAGGAGGUGGUGUCAUUCCCCACAUCCACAAGUCUCUGAUCGGCAAAAAAGGAGCUGGCCAUUCCCAGCCAGCAUAAUUCGGUUUAAUUUAAAUUUAAUAAUAGUUUUAACCCAACUAAAGUUAAGAAAAUGUUUUGUAUGUGUCGGUAAUGUGUUUUAAGAUUGUUGAGCACAUGAACAUCUAUCAUAUACAUAUAUGUAUGGUAAAUCUUGACAUUUAAAUGAAAAUUAUUACACUGUUAAAUACAUGAUAACGUUUGUUUCUGUAUAAUUGACUAUAAUGGAGUAACUCUAUUUUUAUUAGUUCUUGUUGGAAACAGAUUGUGUCGCUUAGGAAUUAUUUGUUUCAUGUGCCUUGUACAACGUUUUGUUUUAAAUUUGUACAACUUAGAUGUAGAGACUUGUAGGUAUUUGUUCAACAUUUCAUUUAAAAAAACUUGUGUUCAUUUCUUUCAUUAAUAAAUAAAUACUUUUCUAAAUA